AGACCCAUUUAAUAUAACGGUCAGUUGUAAAGCUUCGUGUGAAAAACUUAACAAAACUUUGUCAGAUUCGUGGAUGAUAUAAAGAGAUAAUUCUUGUAUUUAUAUGGAUGGACUGAGAAAUGACAUGUGUUUUUUUUUGCGGCUUACGUGUUUAGAUGUGUACGACUAUGAAGGAUACCUGCAAUCAAUGUUGGGCGGAACGUUUUAUUCGAGCUCUGAGGUAGAAAUAAAUUCGACGUUGGAUCAUGGGUCAUAAAUGAACCCUCUUUGGUCGACGGAUAUGUUUUCUUGUUAUUCAACCAUUUUGUUGUUGUUCACUAUAGAAUUGUGCAAAUCUUCAUCGAUAACUUAAUGCAAUGUCUAUCAUUUCCAGUUAUGUGCGCCAUUCUUUGCUCAUGAAGGGGUUUAAUAACAACAGAAAAUAUUGCACUGUUUUACGCCGCUUCAAUUUGUCAAGUGAAUGAAUAAAUCUCAAAGGGAGCUUGAUACAGCUUGAUAAAGAACUGGAAACAAUUAUGAACAUGAUCACAAAUUAAUUGGUAGAGGGCUGUCAUAUUUCUUCAUUUUUCCCGAGGAAGAGGCCUCUAAAUAAGUCUUGGAGUAAAAAGCGGUAAAGCGGGGAAAAGCAAACAACUGGCAAAAUAUGACCUUCAAGAAAUUUUAUCGGCAGAAGCUAUUUGAGGCCAUCGAGUCGAUGGAUCUCUUGCUCGUAAGGAAGCUCCUCUCUAGACCAGAUGAUUAUGGAUCGGACUGGAACUACAGAGACAAGAACGGUCGGUCCGUCUAUGCACACGCUAUCAAGAUUGGUAUAACUCAAAUGGUAGCGACGUUUAUCGACCACGAAAUCCCGCUUGGUGAUGCUUUACUCAGGGCAGCCGAUUUCUGUAUGGUUGACAUAGUACGUUACAUCUGUGCAUACGCCGAAACGUUGGGCAUGAACCAGCGGAAUGCCAUCAUCGAAUGUCAUUGUGAAAAUGAUGAUUACCACAAGUUUACCACCCCUCUUAUGGCUGCAGCACACAAGAAUAACUUCUCAGUUGUAAAGAUUUUACUCGACGCCGGGGCUGUUUUAAAGGAGCCUAGGAUAAAGCAUAUACAACCAGACCUCACAGGCACUGCCAUUGUUCUCAUGACCUACCGAGCUAUAGCAACCGAAGCUUACCUGGUGCAGGCGUUCAGCGACCCACUCGACGUCGCCUUCGGGCUAGGUCGACGACUACGCGAGCUCGCCGAUCGAUGGGAGGAUGCGAGCGAGCAAGUGCUGAAAAUAGUGGACCGCGUGGAGCAAUUCGCUGCUGAUUUUGUGGGCCAGGCGAAUUAUUCGAGCGAGGUAAGAUCUAUCUUAAAGUUUACACGAAGUGAGAGCAAGCAUCCCGUUGCCAAGGUCAGAGCAGCCAUGAAGGCCUACCAGAAACCGUUCGUCAUACACCCUUUCACGCAGAGCGUCCUUCGCGACAGCUACUAUGACGAAAUGAAAGGAAAGAACUUCACCAUUUCUUCUAUCAUCGCCUUACUCACGAUCGUCUGCUACCCAUUUCUAUCUUUCGCCUUUCUACUUUACCCUACUGAAAUGUUACAAAGGUUUUUGAAAAUACCGAAUAUCAAGCUCUACAUGAACAUGGGCUCGGAUUUAACACUGAUGUCAUGUGUGAUAGCUCUGGUGCUGUAUGACAAUUCAACACAUCCAAUCAUAACAUUGUUUCUCGAGAUCACGAUCUUCAUCUUCUGUAUAGGAAUAUCUGGCAAACACGUGAAAUUCAUCUACAAACAAGGUCCGGAAAAAUUCUGCUCCUACCCUCUCUCGAUUCUGGACAGUUUAAUGGUGAAGAUCUGCUACACAACACUCUAUGUGGCCUGGAUUGGAAGACUCAUCGACAUGUAUGACCAGCGAAUUAUGCAAAGGUACGUGAACCCAUUCCAAGAGGCUCAACCCGUCAUGGCACCAUCAACAGUGAACAAUUCGAACAUGAGAAACUUCGACGCAGAGUCCAACAUUGCUUUAAGCGACGUCACACCUACUUGGCUCUUCGCAUCGUGGAACGAACCGCGGGUAGUUUCGCAUACUCUCUACAGCGUUGUCGCUCUCGUCUGCGUGGUGCGAACAUUUUACGUUCUCAGCGUCAACCAUGUCGGUAUCUUCGUCGUCGCCAAGUCGGUGAUCGGCAUGGGCGCCGAUGUCCUGCGCGUCGGAGUCUUCUUCGUUUGUGUCAAUGUAGCCUUUGGAGUUGGGAUGACACAGGCUUCCAGGUAUCGUCUGCAUACUGCACGCGCUGAAUGCGCUGUAGAAGGAAGCCUGCCGAGCGAUUGCCCCAAAACACCAUUUCAUAGUAUACCACAGUCCUUAUUGAACCUCUACUGGGUUCUCUACAACAUAUUCAAGAACCCUGAUGCGGGCACCAGCUUGCGACCUGGCGAUUCCUACACCCUCUUCCUUCCCGCCUUCAUUCUGAUGGCGUACACCUUCAUCGCGGUCAUUGUCCUCCUCAAUCUCCUCAUCGCAGUAAUGACGUCACGGUAUUCCAAAGUGGAGAAAAAUGCUGAUCGUGAGUGGAUGUUCUUUCGCACUCAACUUUGGAUGAGUUUUAUCUCCGAUGACAUCACGUUGCCACCUCCAUUUAACAUACUGCCCUCUGUCGACAAAGUCUGGAGAACAAUCCAAGCCUGUUGCUGUCCAGCUCGCGGUAAAAAAAAUAAAGAAAAGACGAAGUCUCAAAAGAAACAGGCCUUAAAGUCAGCUGUGCAGGAGUAUAUCUACUCUCAGAAAAUGAUGAAAGCACUGAGAGAUCGUUUUGUGAAGAGUCGGGAGAAUAGUCUCCAGCAGAAUUCGGAAGUCGGAGGAAAACGAGCCCUUCUUGUUCUUGGACGAACCGAUCUUCUAACCUUCCGGAACGAGUGGGUUGACCUGAGGCAACAGGUAUCUGUAGCGGAACGCGAUCUCCAAACUAUGCUACAACAGUCAACGCAAUUGAUAGCAGCAUUAAAGGAGAAAAUCGAACUCAUCACCCACGUCGAAAGGAGACAUGUUUCCAGCUCGUUCGACAUCGACGGCAUCUACGAUUCCUUCCCGGUGAUCGAAAACUCACUCGAACAAGUCGGAGACCUGAUGGAAACCUUGCGCACUCUCCCAGCCAAAGAGCUACUGAAGCCAGUCAAGGAAAGUCCUGCGGAGGUGGAGGUGGAGGAGGAGAAAACGGAAGAAGAAAUCAAAGUCGAGAUCAAAAAGGAAAUAGUAAAGGCGAUGGCGAGGGCAUACGAGCUCGGUCGACGACCGGAAGACGACGAGGAGCUGAUGGAGAAACUUCGGCAGUAUCGAAAACGUUUCGAGACGAGCUAAAAUUACUUGAAAUUUAGUUGCAUAUCGCAUUGAGGUUUAAUAAACCAAUAGAUCGGUCUGCGGACUUUGAAUUCCAAGGACCGGGUUGACUUUUUUAAAAACUCUAGGACUUGUAUUUUUUUCAGAGUCUUGUCUCAUUUUUUAAUUGAAAUAACUUUUGAAACAUCGUUCUAGGCGAGACUAGAUCCUGCGCCCAUGAACUCGACUGCAAGAUCCUUCGACUCCAGGUCUCUCGGAGAGGACUUUAAGCCGUCUGUCCUUUGCUUGCUUGCUUACAAGCAUUCAUGCUUUCCUAGCAAUCAGGUAAAAAUAUUCUCCACCAAAUCUCAAAAGAUUGGUUGCUGAUUUAGCCACACUAAUCGAGCUGAUCUAUGGGUCAAAAAUCACAAUAUAUCCUACCGUUUUGUGUUCCAUGAAUAUUCAUGAGACGUAGUCUUACCUGUCAUUCUUACUGCUCUCUCGCGUCGGGUAUGCAAAUACGGACGAAAUAAAAAAGAAAAGAAAAAAAAAUAGCGUCUGGGGUUCCAAUUAUCGUAUAUAAAGAAACGAAGGUACAUUUUGGCUAUUCAUAGCAUAUUUAAAACGGGUUAUCCCUACAAUAUAUGUUCUAUAUUUUGUAUUACACAAGUUGUUAUGUUGCAGUCGUUUGAUCAAACAAUCUAUAUUUUGUAUAUGUUUAUGUAUUUUUAAUCGUGAAUAAAACUAAACCAAAGUUCAACCCACCGCAGUACUCGCCUCCUGUGGCAAGGCGUUAAUCUGUAUUUGCCAUUCUCCACCCAGGUGUAGCAAAUAAAUAUCCGGUAGCGGUAGGAAGGAAUUCCUCAAGUGUUCGAACACUUGAAUAGUGGGAAAUCAGUUAUGUGCCCAAACAAACUUACAAUAAUGGUGAGUAGAGGCAUCAGAGAGAGGCUUAGACUUUCAUUCUUAAAGCAUACAUAUAAAUGCGGGUAUUUCUCCAAAAAUUUUGUUAUGAAUAUACUUUAUUUUUUAAUAUUAGACUUCCAUACCUGUAAAUUCACCUAAAAUAACGUUGUAGAUGUCAAAGUAAUGUAGUUAUCAUGAUGUAUAAGAUGUCUAAUAAGUCAUUCCCCUGGACUUUUUUUAAACUAUACCUAUACAAGAUUAUUCAAUACAAAGGAAUUAAUGUGCCAUAAAACGUGAGAGAACGGUUUUUAUUAUGUUUUAAGUGAACAAACUGGUGUCAAGUAAAAUGCCAUGAGACACGCCACAAUAAACAUCUUGCAUAUUGGAAAUCGUGGUACGUAUUUAUCAUUAUUAAUAAGUUAGACAAAAUGCUCUUUGGAGAAAAUAUAAAAUGACGACCAUGUUGGUCGCGAAUUCAUCUCAUUGGAAUGUACUUUACUGAAUUAAUUGAUGCAUUUAUCAUGUUAUUAUUGAAUGUGCUCACACAGGGGUAAUAAUCUUAACAAUAUGCUUUAAUUUUUCGAUGAUAAUCUGCUAUUUGCAAUUUGAGAAGAGAAAAGAGAAAAUAGAUUAAUAAAAGGGAAGAAAACACUGAACAAAAAAGAAUAGUGCAAAAAAAGGAGGCAUGGACAGUGUAAAUCUACAAUACACAAACA